GUGAUUUUUCGCACUUUUACACCGUCAAAUGUAUCACCAUGAGGUCCGCCAUAGCCAUGGUGACACUUCUGAUGCUAAGGGCAGCCGCCUCGAAGAAGCGGCAUGAGACGCGCCAGACCCGCCCCGCCGAGAACACCACGUUGCCGCUGCCAGUGUGCCCCGCCAACGCCUCCAUCAACAUCACCCACCCGCCCCCGGAGGCCGAGGAAGAAGACGACAACCAGGGGCACCCUGGCGACGAGGGAGGAGGGGCCACCGGCUCGGGAGCAGCCUUCCAGUUCAUCGACUUCGCCGCCGACAUCGCCUCCUUGUACCUCAUUGGGGGUGCCACAGACGGCGGAGACGGUCCGCCGGGAGGCCAAGGACCUCGAGGUCUGUCGAAGGCGGCGAGGCAGCGGAUCACUGCCUUGCUCGCCGUCAAGGUCCUGAGCAGGGACUCUAGUCGGUGGGCGAGGUGGGACAAGAAAAUACGCCAGACCCUGAAGGACUUCCUCGCCAACUUGCCCAUCAAAAACCCGUUCAAGACACCUCUUUUUAGCCUGAAGAAACAGCACUUCGACAAGGCGAAGUGGAUCGUCAACGGCGUCUCCGACCUCCUCACCAGCUUCAUGAGCGGCGACCUUAGAGAGCUGAUAGUUUUCGCAAUGUCCCGUGAGGCGAGAGCAGCAGCUGUCACACAGCGGACCCAAGAACAACAACAACAGCAACAACAGCAACAACAACAGCAACCCAACAACCCAGCCACGGCAGCCGGAGCCUCAGCACUCUCAGCACCGACCCAGCCAACGGGGGACGACGCGGACAGCGCCAAUCCGAGCACCGGCCAAGUCGGCGGACCACCCGCAGCCGCAGCGGCAGCCAGCCGUCCGACACAGCAACCGCCAGUCAGGACAACAGAACCCCCACCGGUCGGCUCUAACCGUGCGGCACUGCUUCAAGAAAUGCAGGACAACCCGACCGCCAUUGAGGCUCUGCAACAAGAACAGCUACAACGGUCGCGAGAUGGCGGAAGACCACAGGACGAGUUCGUGAUGGACGACAACGGCAACACGAUCGGGCGAUCAGACCUGACGGGACAGUGCAGGACUUACAUGGUUUUGCAAUCGACACAGACUACUAUAUGGGCAAUACAAGGCCCAGGCAAUGUCCACGGCGAGAGGGAGGCCCAACAGACGGGCACCACCUCCCACUCGUAUACCACAUAACAAUGAACAAUCCCACGAGACCCUUGCUGGGGUCGCGAGACAACAGCCACACGCACGGCAACAGCC